AUGUCUUUAUUCGGCGCGCAGAAGCCUAUGUUCGGAUCCAGCUUAACAACCAGCCAGCCGCAACAGAGUGGAAACCUUUUAAAUAGCUCACAGCAGCAAGGCACUUCACCAUUUGGGGCCAUAGGCGGACAAGCAAAACCGGGUGGGUUAUUCAGUGGGUUUGGGCAACAGCAACAACAACAACCGCAAACUCAGCAACAAAGUGGCGGAUUAUUUUCUGGAUUCGGCUCCAGCACGCAGCAACCACAGCAACAAGGUGGAGGCCUUUUUCCAGGGCUUAGUAGUUCAACCCAGCAACAACCACAACAACAAGGCGGUGGCCUGUUUUCCUUAGGGUCCCAGCCGCAACAAGCCCAGACGGGAGGUGGUCUCUUCCCUGGUCUUGGCUCCAGCACUCAACAACCGCAGCAGCAAACUGGUGGUCUAUUCUCUGGGUUUGGCGCAACAACUCAACAGCAGCAGCAGCAGCAGCAGCAGCCUGGCGGUUUAUUUUCGGGUUUUGGCUCAACGGCUCAGCAGCAGCCACAACAACCACAACAAACCGGCACUGGCCUGUUUCCCAAUGUUGGCCAACAGCAACAACCAUUUGGAACUACCCUCGGAGGAGCUGGACAGCAGCAAACACAACCCCAAUUGGGCCAAACUUUGGGGCAAACUCAAGCCACCUGUUCGACUAUAUGGACGCCCGGCCAAGGAAUGACUGGUGUCCAUAGAACUGUUCCGAUGCAAAUGAUGAUCGUGAAAGAUAAGUGGGAUCCGGUUAAUCGAACCUCUCCUUUCCGUGCGUACCUAUACAAUAACGUGGGCGAAGAGUCAGCACCUUUCUUCCAACCGAGUCCCAACGAUGACGAAAACAAAUGGGAGGAUGCGCUACGUAAGCGACCUGGACCUGGCUACGUUCCAGUUCUUGUCAGGGGAUUCUGGGAGCUCGGAAAGCGGGCUCAACGACAGAGAGAUUUUUUAGCAAUGAUGCAGACAAGAUUACACGAAAUCAAUACGGCGCUUACUGACCUUCUAUCUCGUCAUGAUCUUAAUAUUUCGGUUAAGAUUGCUGCAUGUAGGAGGAAGCAUCAAAUGUUGAGCCAAAGAUGCCUUGCGCUGGCAGCAAAGACCCAGUUGCUCAGAAACCGUGGGUAUGCCAUGGACGAUGUAGAAGAAGAGCUGGCGAAGAAACUGCUCCAACUUGAACGGUCAAUGUUUGACCCAUCUCUAAAUGGACGAUCUGAGGAGAUCUGGGCGAGAAUGCUUGCGAUUAGGGAGAAUACGAAGCGAUUGCAAAUUGAACUCGAGCGCACAGGCGGAGGAACCGCGGAGCAGGAAGAUGAUACCUUGAGUGAUACGCAGCUGAAGACAGCGAAGAAGAUUCUUGAUGACUACGCCUCGCAAAUACAACAUCUAAAUAAAGAACUUGCUGCGCUUCAGAAGGAUUACGAGACUCUCGAGCAAACUGCCGCAAGUUGA